GAGCUCUGCCCAUGGAGUUCACCCCAAUUGCGCCGCCGCCGCUGCAGCUGCACCACAGCGGCGCCGGCGAGGAGGACGGGGCUUGCGCUGCGGCGGCGUGGGCGGUGGUGGAGAAGGAGCAUAUGUUCGAGAAGGUCGUGACGCCGAGCGACGUGGGGAAGCUGAACCGCCUGGUCAUCCCCAAGCAGCACGCCGAGAGGUACUUCCCGCUGGACGCCGCGGCGGCCGGCGGCGGCAAGGGGCUGGUGCUCAGCUUCGAGGACAGGACCGGGAAGGCGUGGAGGUUCAGGUACUCGUACUGGAACAGCAGCCAGAGCUACGUGAUGACCAAGGGGUGGAGCCGCUUCGUCAAGGAGAAGCGCCUCGGCGCCGGGGACACGGUGUCGUUCGGGCGCGGCCUCGGCGAGGCCGCGCGCGGCCGCCUCUUCAUCGACUUCCGCCGCCGCCGCCAGGACGCCGGAAGCUUCGUGUUCCCGCCGACGGCGCCGUCGUCGCACCAGCACCACCACCAUCAUCAUCAGCGCCAGCUGCCGCUCCCGUCCGUGCCGCUCUGCCCGUGGCGGGACUACACCGCCUACGGCUACGGCCCCGCCGCGGCAUCCAACGGCCGGCACGUGCUGUUCCUCCGGCCGCAGGUCCCGGCCGCGGUGGUGCUCAAGUCGAUGCCGGUGCACGUCGCGGCGUCCGCGGUGCAGGAGGCGACGACGAGGCCGAAGCGGGUCCGGCUGUUCGGGGUGAACCUCGACUGCCCGGCGGUCAUGGACGACGACGAGGACAACAUCGCCAGAGCGGCGCGGGCGGCCGCGUCGUCCCUCCUGCAGCUCCCAUCGCCGUCGUCCUCAACGUCGUCGUCGACGGGGGGCAAGAAGAUGUGCUCUUUGGAUCUUGGGUUGUGAACUCAAGACGAAGACACAUCUCAAAGGGAGAAUUGCAAGGCUAGCACUGACGACGGCGACGACGCCAACUGAUCAAGAGGAGGCAACGUUUGAGCAGCUGCGUAUAUAGCUUCAGCACUGCAUGUGUAACAGUGAGAUGAAUUAUUUCUUGAUGAUAUCUUGCUCAUAUUAAUUAGCUAGUUUAGUUUGAUCUAUGCUAAUUACUACUUUGUUCAUCAUUUCUAAUUUUCUAUGAGCCUAAUUUGGAGAAAAUUGAUCAGAAACUAGAACUACUAUGGAUUGGAUUUCCCUGCCACACUUGCUCCAAAAGUGAACCUUAUAAUUGUAAAUAUUCUGAUCAAGUUGCAGUAAGAGUAUGUCACAGCACUAUGAAUUAAACCUGCAUAUGAUAACA